CAGCGAGAGCAGGAUGGUCGGCCUGAAGCCCACCGACAUCCCCCCGUCGGCCACCAUCAAGUUUCUCAGUGCGGGGACGGCCGCAUGCAUUGCCGACCUGUGUACCUUCCCCCUGGACACGGCCAAAGUCAGGCUGCAGAUUCAAGGAGAAUCGAAAGCAUCCAAGACAGUUAAGGAUGUCAAGUACAAGGGGGUCUUCGGCACCAUCACCACCAUGGUGAAGAUGGAGGGGCCCCGGAGCCUCUACAACGGGCUCGUGGCCGGCCUCCAGCGCCAGAUGAGCUUCGCCUCCAUCCGGAUCGGGCUGUACGACUCCGUGAAGCAGUUCUACACGCCCAAGGGGUCAGAGAAUGCCAGCAUCCUCACCCGGCUGCUUGCUGGCUGUACCACUGGCGCGAUGGCUGUAACAUGCGCCCAGCCCACCGAUGUGGUGAAAGUGCGCUUCCAGGCACACAUCAGAGUCGUCGGCGGGCCCAGGAAGUACAACGGGACCGUGGACGCCUACCGGACCAUUGCGAGGGAGGAAGGCGUCAGAGGCCUCUGGAAAGGGACGCUGCCCAACAUCACCCGCAACGCCAUCGUGAACUGCGGCGAGAUGGUGACCUACGAUCUCAUCAAGGAGGCCUUGCUGAAAUACCACCUGAUGACAGAUAAUUUCCCAUGCCACUUUGUCGCUGCCUUCGGAGCCGGCUUCUGCGCGACGGUGGUGGCGUCUCCCGUGGAUGUCGUCAAAACGAGAUACAUGAACUCCAGGCUGGGACAGUACAAGAACGCCCUGAGUUGUACGCUGACCAUGGUAGUGGAAGAGGGCCCCACCGCUUUCUACAAAGGUUUCAUUCCAUCCUUCCUGCGGCUGGGAUCAUGGAACGUGGUGAUGUUCGUGUCUUUUGAGCAGCUGAAAAGGCUGAUGGUCCUGGCCCAGGCAGCCUGGGAAUCCCCAUCCUGA